AUGAAUAGGGAGAAGUUGAUGAAGAUGGCUAACACUGUCCGCACUGGCGGUAAAGGCACAGUUAGAAGGAAGAAGAAGGCUGUUCACAAGACGAACACGACCGAUGACAAGAAGCUACAGAGCACUCUCAAGAGAGUUGGAGUUAACUCUAUUCCCGGUAUCGAAGAAGUUAACAUCUUUAAGGAUGAUGUUGUGAUUCAGUUUCUUAACCCGAAAGUUCAAGCUUCUAUUGCUGCUAACACAUGGGCUGUGAGCGGUACUCCACAGACCAAAAAGUUGCAAGACAUACUUCCUCAGAUUAUCAGUCAACUUGGAACUGAUAACUUGGACAACCUGAAGAAGCUAGCAGAGCAGUUCCAGAAACAGGCACCAGGUGGAGCUAAUGUUCCAGCAACUAUCCAAGAAGAGGAGGAUGACGAUGAUGUCCCUGAUCUUGUAGCAGGAGAGACUUUCGAGACUCCUGUUGCUGAAGAAGCUGCUAAAGCUACUGCUUCUUAGGUGAAGAAGAGCUCACCAGCCAAAACCCUCAUCAUAAAAUGUUUGUCGCUGCACCUUUUUUGAGCACUAGUCAGAUUCUUGUUAUCUUUGCGAACAGAAAGACUUGGUUUUAUGAUCACUUGAUGCUUUUAUUAAUGGUUAGAUCGCUUCCUCUAUAUGUUCCAAAUGAGUUCAAUGUUCCGUCCUUACUAUGUUGUUUAAAAAGAAAUAACAAAAUGUGCAUCAAAAGUGAAGGAUUCGAAUGAGAAAAGACAACCAAGGUUUGAAAGUUUGAUACCC